AUGACCCAAAGCAACACUAAAAGAUUACCAUUGCUAAUGGGAUUUAAAAGCAGUUUUACGCUGUCGAAUGACGGUAAGACAUCGAAGGAUGCUUUGCGGGAUCAAAGAGAAAUUUUAGGUGAUGAGCAGUCUAUAUUCUCCGUAGACUCAGUUCAAACGGCCGAUAGGUUGCUAGAUAAGCUAGGGCUUAGCGCAGAAGAUGAAAUGCUAUUGCAAAAUGCUUUGAGAGACGAAGAGGAACAUAUUGCGAAGUUAACUGGUAUAAAAAGAAGCACUUACCUUGAUAAUGAAACUAUCGACAGUGGUUCCCAACAUAGUGCUCCAGUGCUGUGUAUUCCAGCGACUUACUUUCCAUCUCUGAAUCACUCGAGGAAUGCGAUAAUGAGGGAUCGAUUUAAUAGGAAAUCCUCGAGAAACUGCCAAUCUGACACAAUAGCCAAGGUUUUGAAUGAGGAUCGGAGGUUGUUGUCGCCCAAGGGUGCCGCAAUAGCUAACGAUGUCUCGAAGUUUAGGUAUUCCUUUUUAGUUCAGACAGGAAGUGACGAGGACCUUGACUUACCAAUGGACAGCAGGUCGUUUGGGCCCGUGGCUAGGAGUAACGGGAUGAGUUACCAGUAUAAGUCAAUGCACUACAACGCGGAUGGGGCCAGGAACGAGCCUUCAGGUCUGUAUGGAAGCGCCACGUGUUAUCGGACGUACGACGGCAUGCAAGUCAAUAAACUAUCCAGCUUGAGUCUGGUCAAGGAGGGCGAGAAACAGGUAGAUACGCCUUUAGGGAGCAUGUCACCUGAAGCUUUGGAUUUUAUCCAGACUAUCACCUCCUCCGAGAGUGACCUUACCAUCCGGAGUGCCGAUGAAGGUAGAAACUGUAGCACAAAUACUAUUUUCUCCACCCCAAAGGCCAAGUCGAGAAGCACUGAAAAUGAGUUGCCUGCCGCAGUUUCCCCAUCAUCAGUUACUUCCAAGGAUAGCAAGAAGAGAGACACCUUUUCACUUAAGAACUUCUUCAAAGGAGGGAGGGCAACGCCCGAGACACCGUCUUUCACGUCGGCAAUUGUUGACUUAGGGACCCCGGGGGAUCAAGCACAUAGCAUAAGUUCUGAGUCAGAUAGGAUUUCGACAGUAUGCAGGUCAUUAUCCGAAAAGUUGCGUUCCAUCUCAAACAGUCCAUUUAAAAACAUCCAGCUUGAACAGGGUCUCUUGAUUGACAAAUUGCCCUCCUCAACUCUCGGAUCUCCAUAUACGUUGUCAUCUGCUUCAAACGCAAGCGAUUCUGAGACGCAAAAGAAUCCACUUUCGAAGACUUCUUCGAAGACAAUGAGUGGGGAUGAAGUUUUUAUUCCCCCAUCAGUACCCGUAUACCAUCGAAUUAAAACCGAACACCCAGCUCUGAACGAAACCAAAACACCUACGAUACCUAUUGCUGAAACUACCAAAAGACCCGACACAAAAGUAGUACAAAAACCAAUCCAAAAACCACCUCCACUUCCUCUGAAACUCAGGCCUCGACCAAAACCGAUUAGCUGUCCUGAAAUCGAGUCUGCAGAGAAAAUAAAGGUGGCCAUACAAUUAAGAAAUAGCGGAAAAUACACUGAAUACAUUGAAAUUCUCCAUGAACUGUGUGAAUUGGGCAAUCGAACCGGUUACCUUCUAUACGGGCUUGCACUAAGGUACGGGAUAGGAACUCGCAUUAAUUUGUCCGAAUCCUUCCGUUGGAUAUUUAAAGCAACUGGAAUUGAAGACGAAUCCACGGAAGUUUUGGGUUAUUGCGUUGAUCCCUCACAAUUGCAAUCUAUACCUACUGUUAGUCCCGAGCCACUUGCGUCUGCUCUAUAUGAAUGUGGUAUUUCAUACUUGAAAGGAUACGGAACUGCCGACAUCAAUGAAACCAAGGCUUUGAAAUACCUAGAAAAGGCUGCAUCGUUAGGCCAUAUCAAUUCCGUUGUGCUGUGUGGAGGAAUUUGGUCUACGAAAUCGAGAUAUAGACCCAAAAAUUCCUAUAGGGCGGCUGCGUGGUAUAAGAUAGCCGAAUAUUUGGGUAUGAAUAUUAACCAACCGGAACCCACUUACACAAAGAACCUAAGGCCACAAUCUGGUAUACCAAGGCCACCAUCUGGUAUACCAAUGCCACCAAUGGUCAAUUAUAGCAGAAUAACAGGAAGAAGAUGA